GCAAAGUGUUGUUGUUGUUUCUAUCUUUUUCAACAAAAACUGUGUCUGUGUGUCGAAGAGAGAGAGAGAGAGAGGUUACUUAGGGUUAUCGAAGAAGAAGAAGAAAGAUGCAAGGGCAAGGCAGUGAUGAAGUUAGCAUAGAAGAGCUCGCCUCUAACCUAUCCACCUACAAAGACCAGCUCUACCAGGUCAGACAACUUUUAAAUGACGACCCUUCAAAUUCAGAGUAUGUCGACAUGGAAAGGGAGCUCAGGGAGGUGAUUGCUUUGACGGAAGAGCUCCUUGCAACUGCAAAGCAAAAUGAAAUGUCAAGUUCAAAUGCUGUUCCCAAUGCUGAUACAUCUCCAAGUUUGUCUAAUCCUAUGGAGAAUAAAGGAGAGUUAGAUAGCAGCUAUGAUCAUGAACAGAAAUUUCCGGUUGGCUCCAAAAUUCAAGCAGUUUGGAGUGAUGAUGGGGAGUGGUAUGAAGCAACAAUUGAGGCUCAUACACCAAAUGGUUAUUAUGUUCGCUAUGAAAAUUGGGGUAAUAGAGAAGAGGUAGAUCCUGCCAAUAUAAGGCUAGUUCAAGAAGGUAUUGUUGAUGCUUUGUUAGAAGCUGAGCGAGUUGCUGAAGCUACCAAGCAAGCUAUCAAACGUAAAAUUUCUCAAGCAGCAUCUGUUGAUUUCCAGUCUCGAAGUCUACCUGCUAAGCUUCGAAUAGAGCCUGAUGACCCUGAGGAUGUGAAAGCUGCCAAACGUAAGAAAAUACACGCCUUCAAGUCAAAGAUGAGAUUUGAGCAACUUGAAGUCACUCAAAAUAAGCGACAAAAUGCUUGGCAGCAGUUUCAAUCAACCAAAGGAAAGACUAAGAAGAUUGGUUUCUUCUCGGGAAGAAAGCGGGAGAGUAUUUUUAAAUCUCCUGAUGAUCCUCAAGGAAAGGUUGGUGUGACUGGAAGUGGGAAAGGUUUGACCGAAUUCCAGAAAAGAGAAAAACAUUUUCAUCUCAAGGAUGGUUCAGUUGAGAAUGAUGAGUAGGUUAUGCCCAGUUGAGAAUGAUGAUUAGGUUAUGAAGGUGUUAUCCUUGUUGGAUGUAAAAUGUGCAAACCAUUCACUGUAGAGGUUCAUUAAUGCCAAACCAAAACAAUUGAAUUAAGGGCCAAGAACAAAAAUUAAUUAAUAGAGACUUGAAUUAAAAUGUUAAUUUUACAUAGAUGAAAAAAAUUAAUCCUAUUUUGUUUGUU